CUAUCUUCCCAGCCCUGCUUAUUUGUUGUCAUUUAAUCAGCUGUAAUGCUCUUAAAAAGAACUACAUAUUUACGCGAGCAAGUCUUUUAUAAAAAUUAAUUUCUCUAAUUAAAAUAUUGAAAGCAUAAUAAAAAAAAUGUCGAAAAAUAAUCAAAGGCUUAAUCGAAAGACACAUUUGUAUCAUUCACUUCGCGAUAAACUUAAUAUUAUUGAAGCAGUGAAUUCGGGUGAAAAAAUGACAAUAGUCGCUAAACGUUAUAAUAUAUCAAUGACGUCCGUUUGGAAAUUAGUGAAAAAUAAUAGAGAGAAAAAAAUUAAAUACAGCAGCACAUUGGAUGAGGCAAUUUUAAAAAGACGAAAAACAUUUCGUAAAAUUCACGAUGGUUUAUUGGAGAAAUCAUUAUUAAUGUGGUACAAUGAAAAAUGUUUAAAUGGCCAGCCAGUAAGUGGUCGUGUUUUAUGUAAAAAAGCAUUAUUAUUUAAUGAAAAAUUAAAUGGUUCAAAAGAAUUUAAAGCGAGUUCAGGUUGGUUGGAUAGAUUUAAAAAACGUAAUCUCAUUCAAUUACCAUUUGUGCAAGGUGAAAAAUUAUCAGCAAAUAUUGAUGCAGCUAUUGAAUUUUGUUUUAAAUUUCAACAUUUAAUUGUUGAGGAAAAUUAUGAUUUAAAUUUUAUAUUUAAUGCCACUGAAAGUGGAAUUUAUUGGAAUAGUUUGCCGAAAAUUAAUACAAAUGAUGAACAACAAAAUUUUGAAGAUCAGAAUCAAACUACAGAAAAAAUAACAUGUUUAUUUUGUGCAAAUGCAAGUAGUUCUUAUGCCUUACCAUUGUUGAUUAUUGGAAAAUCAUGGAAUUCACGUUCGAAUUUAAAUAUUGAAAAUAAACAACAAUUAUUACCUGUGAUGUAUCAAAAUCAAUCUUCAGCGUGUAUGACAAAAGAUAUAUUUUUUGAUUGGUAUACAAAUAUUUUUAUUCCCUCUGUAGAGGAAAUGCAAAUGAAACGGAAAAUUAAUGGUAAAGUAUUACUUUUAAUUGAUUCAACAAAAUGUCAUCCAUCGGAGGAAAUUCUUAAUUCAGUGAAUGAAAAUUUUCACGUUAAAUUUAUACCAUCUAAUAUUGCAUCAUUAAUACAACCAAUGAAUCAAGGUAUAAUUGACAAAACAAAAAGAUUAUAUCGAAAAGCAUUAAUUACAUCAUUAUUGGAAGUAAAUGAAAAUAUAACCAUUGAUAAAUUCAUUGAACAACAUACAAUGGAGGAUUGUUGUUUUAUGCUUGCAAAUGCAUUUGAAAGUAUAACAUCGUUAAAUUUAAAAAAUGCUUGGAAUAAACUUUGUGGUGUAUCACAAUUAGAUGAUGAGAAUGUUGAUCCAGAUGAUAGAAUAUUGGAGGAUAGAGCUUUCUGUCAAAUGUUACACGUGAUUAAAGGUUUUGAAAAUGUUUAUCCAGCGAGUGUUAAAAUGUGGUUAAAUGCAGAUCAGUAUAGUCCAGGAUGGGAACCGUUAAAUGAUGAUGAAAUCAUUAAUUUUGUCACUAGCGAGAAAGGUGAAACAAUUAUUGAAGAAACGUUAAAUGAUGAAAAAAUCAAGGAAUCAGUGAAGUCUACGAGAGAAAAGAAUUCAGGAACAAAAAAAUCGAAUCAAAUUGAAAAAAAUGAGAAUUUUGAUAGGAAUAAAAUUACAAAUUCGGAAAAUGUUGAAGUUGCUAUUAAAUAUUUACAUAAUUGGUGUAAGAAACGAAAAGAAUAUACAGAAUCAGAUUAUCGUCUAUUGUCUAAAUGGGAAACACUUGUUCGAAAAGCUAAGGAGUAAAAAAAAAAACAAAAAAAGAAAAUAGUUUUAUAAAUUUUAUAUACAUAAUGGAAAUAAAGAAAUCAAGACUGAUUAGACUAUAA